CUAAAACCGCUUUUCUAAUAAUGUCUCCCUUCGCAGCUCAGAUUAUCAUUUUCCCUCUUUAAUUCCUCUUUUUUUUAUAUUUUGCUGGAUCCCCUCUUAUCUUUUCUAAUUUGCAUCCACCUUUUCUUUUCUCCAUUUUUAUUCUCUCUACAAUCUCUAUAUAUCUCUGCUCAUCGAUCAAUUAAACAGUCAAAAUCCGGAUUGCAAGCCUACCAGCAAACAAGAAAGUACUGAGGAAAGCAGUUUCCUUGGUAUCUUCUCCAGUCUCUUCCUUGGUAUAACUUCUUGAUACCUUUACUUCCUGGGUUUGGUAGCUGAAAUCAGGAAUUAAGUAAUACAUGUCGAACUGCAACGAUGUUACCUCUGCGCAACUCUGCUACAUCCCUUGCAACUUUUGCAAUAUCACUCUAGCGGUGAGUGUUCCAUGCAGCAGCUUAUUCGACAUGGUGACUGUUAGAUGCGGGCAUUGCAGUAACUUAUGGUCCGUGAACAUGGCUGCUGCGUUGCAGUCACUGUCCUGGAAAGAACAACUCCAGGCGCAAAACCUGAGUUCAGCGGAUUACAGGACCACUGAUCUGGCUUCUUCUUCUUCUUCCAAACGCAACAAUAAGGUUCCUAAUCAAGCGACCAAUACUCAUAGUGAAGAAAGGAUCAUAACGCGGCCUCCCGAGAAGAGGCAGCGUGUACCUUCUGCUUACAAUCAGUUUAUAAAAGAGGAAAUCCAGAGGAUUAAAGCCAAUAAUCCGGAUAUUAACCACAAGGAAGCAUUCAGCACUGCUGCUAAAAAUUGGGCACAUUUCCCUCACAUUCAUUUCGGACUGAUGUUGGAGAGCAACAACGAAGCCAAACUGGGCGAGGGAUCGUCUGGGAAGCAUCUAUUGAAGAAGACUGGAAUCUUAAACAAAUAAAUAUAUAUAUGAAGUCAUAAUUGUUCCAAGUACCUUUUAUGCUGUAGGAAGAAAAUUAAAAUUUGAAAUUCUCCCUUGAUGUAUUUGUUAUUAGUUGUUGCGACAUGUUUCUUUGAGUGAAGCAAGUUUGCAAGUUUCUGUUACAUUUCCAUCAAUUCAAACUUUCCAGUUGAGUCGCUGAUCA